AUUUGAACAUUCAGUUGACAUCGAGUCGCGAUCGCGAAAUAUCAUUCUUUCUGAAGCGUUUCGCUAACGCAAAUCAAAGGAUUUGCAGUGUGUUGUUGUUUUAUUCAAAAAAAGGACGAUACCAAAAUAAAAAGAAUAAACAUUUUCAAAGUGAAAUAUUGUGAAAUAAUAACAACGUUCAUUGUGUGGCCGAAAUAAAAUAUAUUUUCGUUAGACAACCCAUUUACGAGAAGGAGUAGUGUCUUCAAAACAUGGCCAAUUCUAAGGUGCUUGGCUCAAGACGGAUGACAGUGUGGGCAGCGUGCUUGUUCGCUCUGGUGGCUGUUUCACAGGGUUUCGAUGAAACCCUGCGCAGAGAUUUCCCUGGACCCUAUUGCCAGAAAAUCGACAGGUGUUGUGAUAACAGACAGGACAGCUGUGCAGUGCCAAUAGCAGAUACUUUGUGCUACUGUGAUGCCUUCUGUGAUCGUGAUCGUUCCGCUGAUUGCUGCCCCGACUACUAUUCAUUCUGCCAUGGUAAACCCGAUCCGAUCGUUACCUGCCUCCACAACGGCGUCCAUUUCAGCAAAUACAAUACGACACGUGACAAUUGCAACGAAUGCCGCUGCUUGGAGGGUGGACAUGUUGAGUGCGACACCGAUUUGUGUCUAACCGACGACGAUCUAAUACACAACAUCAAUUCGAUCAACAUGCUGGGCUGGUCUGCACGCAAAUACAACGAAUGGUGGGGCCACAAAUACUCUGAGGGUCUGACCAAACGUUUGGGCACCAAGGAACCCACCAUCCGCGUCAAGAGCAUGGUUGGUUUGCACAACAAAGCCGAAGGUUUGCCAAGGAAUUUCAAUGCCAUCGACAAGUGGUCCGGAUACAUUUCCGAUGUCCCUGAUCAAGGCUGGUGUGGCUCCUCUUGGGUCAUUUCAACCACCUCUGUGGCCUCUGAUCGUUUUGCCAUCCAAAGCCGUGGCAAGGAGGUGAUCCAACUUUCACCACAAAAUAUUCUCUCCUGCACACGUAGACAACAAGGUUGCAACGGUGGUCAUUUGGAUGCUGCAUGGCGUUAUUUGCACAAGCCAGGUGUUCUUGAUGAGACCUGCUACCCCUAUGUUGGACGCCGUGAAAGUUGCAAAGUUCACCGUCACUCCCUUUCUGCUAAUGGCUGCAGACCAGCAGCAGGUGUGGAUCGCGAUGGCUUAUACAAGGUGGGCCCCGCCUAUUCUAUCCAGAAUGAGACUGAUAUAAUGGCUGAAAUCUUCCACUCUGGCCCCGUUCAAGCCACCAUGCGUGUGUACAGAGAUUUCUUCUCGUACUCCGGCGGCAUAUACCGUCACACCGCUGCCAGUCGCAACGCUCCCGUUGGAUUCCAUUCAGUCAAAUUGGUCGGUUGGGGUGAGGAACAUGAUGGUGUUAAAUAUUGGGUUGCUGCCAACUCCUGGGGUCCCUGGUGGGGUGAACAUGGCUACUUCCGCAUUUUGCGUGGCUCCAACGAAUGCGAUAUCGAAGACUAUGUCCUGGCUGCCUGGCCCGAUGUGUACAACUACUUCAAGACCAGUCCUUACUGAGCUGACCGCCUAAUCAGCACUACUACCAACGACAAAGAGACCUCAGCCAAAUUAAGCAACGCUAAUUAAUCUCGUUACUUUUCCAUAAUUUAAGUGCCGUUCUCUUUCGAAGCAAACGAAUCUUUAAAAUAUUUGUAGUUUCUAAGUUUAGUUUUUAGUCGUUAGAUGAUGCAGAUGAUGAUGUAGAUGAUGUAGGGCGGCAGGAAGACGAGCGCCAAUACCGACCGUAUUGGCAUUUUCCAUUUAGGUGUCGUGUCGCCAACUGAAAAUGCAAAAACUAACAAAUCAGUGAAGUAUUUAUAGCUUUGUUCGUUUCUCUAACUCGUAAGAUUAUUUUUUUUUAUUAUUUGAAUAGGAUUAUUAUAUAACUAUUAUUUAUAACAAAUUAUUAUUAUUAUAUAUUUU